GGACUAAAUGUGUCUUGAUGAACUCAAUAAUAGAUAAACUCACAUAUUUAAGCUGUCCAGAUCCAGUUCUGCUUCGACAGUCUUAGCUAUUUGUUGUCUUGAGUCAGUACUUGCAGAAAAAAGCGAAUAAUUUUGGCCCGGAAAAUGAAGGAGUUUGUUGAGGAAGACAUCAUAAUCCUCCCAAGCAUUGAAGAUGGGCCUGCAUGGAUUGGUGACUUAUGGAACUGCCAAGACUCGAGCCACGUCGGCUCCAAAUUAUUUUCCUCUCUCGGCCAAAUGGACAUCCACCCCUUGGGAGAUUAUGAAUAUGACCUGACCCACAUCAAAAGCACUAAGGAUCGCAUAAAGUCCCUCAACGUGGAAGGAUCUCUGUCGUUGGAGUUGUUGUCAGGCAUGAUAAAAGUGGAGGGCAACGCAAAAUAUGAUUUUAAAGAUGAGUCAAACUCUCUGGAAGAAGAAUUGGUCUGUCGCUACAGCGUCAGAACCUUUCGAGUGGAAGCGAAUUCAAAUGCAGUGAUUGAUGAACACGUCCGAGAUAAAAUCCUCAGAGGAGAAAUCAAGGCAACCCAUGUCGUGAAGCAGGUGCAACUUGGAGCCCAUAUCUCCGCAAAUCUACGAAUUCGCGACCGGUCAUCCAAUGUAAACACUACUGCAGAUGGAAAUUUAGCUGGAAAGUUGGUAUAUGGACCUGUGAGUGCCGCUGUAAAAGUCAAGCUUGGAUUUUUGGACUCUGAGGGAGGAAAGGAUUUUGAGAAAAAUAUCACCAUUUCUAGUCGACCCCAGCCAAACUCUCCCUCUCAACCUCAAGAUGUCAAGACAAUGUUUGAGAUAAUUGAAUCCUUUAAUACUACUGUAUCCAACACUUUUCACCCUACUUUCCAAAAGGACAAAAUGUAUAAUGGAAUCCCAAUUCGCUUUCUCCUCCUACCCAUUUCCCAUUUUGUGGAAGUAAAACUGGAAAUGCUCUACCUUAAAAUUAAAGAUGAUCUGACUGACAGCUUGGAGCACAUGUUCGUCACACUGAAAGACAUCACAUCCCCAAACUUCAUCCGGAAACAACUUCUUUAUAAAGUACCAGCGCUAAAACGGUUGCUCCAGGAUGUGGAAAAUAAACUCAAUCGAGAGGUACGGGCAAAGGAAAAUCAACUUUUAGUGGAAGGAAAACAAUUUUUCAAAGUCGCCACAGAAUGCUUACAGUCAUACAAAAUCCAUAAGAAAUCAGCCCAAGACUUAAUAACUCUGGGGAAUGAAUUCAGCGAGAAAUUCGGCGCAACGAUCAUUCAAGAAAUACUGCAAAAUUUCAUUAUUGAAGGAAAUGCCGAACUUUGUGGAGCUGCAAAUCCAACUCGAGAAUGUCAAAUUCAAAUCCACACAAGCCUUGCUGCCCAACAGAACUGGUUCCAAACCAAAUCCUUGCCUGUUAAACUUUUGUUUUCUUCUUCAAGAAAUUGUAAAAAUGCGUCGGACCUAGCUCAGCUUUAUUCAAUUAUUGGUCUUCUAAAUGGAAUUGAAAUUGAUGUUUCGGUAUCGCUUCCAACAGUUGGAGAUGAUGGACCAACGACUACUCCGAAAAUUCUAAUAAAGACAAUAUCCGACCCAGAAGAAUUUGAGGAUGUUGGUCAUGUGGUUCGCGUACUUUCACUAAUGGUUGACCAAGUUAGUGAAGUUGAAAAAAGAUUUUUCACGGGCUACUGCGCUACCCGAGGAAUUUCUUUUCCUCUCUCCAAGCAUGCAAAGGAUAUUGUUGGACUGGUAACAAUUCUGAAGCAAGUUAAAGGAAUUAGGAUUGCAAAUAAUUACAUACAACUGCGGGAAUGCCUCCUAAAAUCUGAGACCAAGUAUUCCUUCAUUAUAACUAUGGAGGGAUGGAACUACUUUGAUUGCGUCGCCGCAUAUAAUCUUUUGGCAGUUUGGUUGGCUGAGGACACAUCUGUGAAUCUAAUUGUUGGAUCCUUUCAACUCAGAGGCCUUCAUAAGGAAACUCCUUUAGCGUUUUUGUUUAAGGGAGAAACACUCUUAGCUGUGGCUGAUGAUACCUUAGAGCUCAAAAUAUUAGUUGACGGCAUCAAAAAGAAAAACCUUGAAGGGACUCUAAAAGAAUUCAGGCCAGCAAGGGAAUAUUCAAUCAACGAACAGAGACACAAUUUCCAGGUAGAAAUUGCAAACUUGUUUCGCAACCAAGGAACUGCUGAAAGUCUCAUCAACUACAAAUUUAAGCAAGUGUUUGCUUUGGAUCCAGCCAAGGAGUUUAAGUUGGCCACCAAUUACCUUUCAGGCUGCUUGAUUGUUCAGUUAAAUAAUAUGUCGUUGGCUUUGGCGUCUUUGUUGCAACUUCUGAAAAUGAAAGAUCCAUCACUUCAGAUGUCAAGGGAAGUUGAAGCAGAAGUCCUAAAAGCAGAUCCGACUGAGCUUAAUUUGAUGCAGCAUUAUCCCCAAAUACUGACUGUAUUAAAUACAGUCAAUCCGUUCCAUUCCGCAGUCAACAUUGCAAUACAAAGCAUUAAAAAUAAUAACAAACCCCAAAACAAUGAACGGGUUUCAGCAAUUAAGGAAUCAAUUUUGCUAAUCACUAACCAUCUUUCGUGCCCUAGUGAGGUUAAGGAACAGCUAAACAAUGCAUCAGAGGCAGAUCCAAAUUUAAACGAUGAUACAAUGGCAUUCAUUCAUUCAAUUCUGGAGAAAUGCAUUGCUCAAAACGAAGAAAAUAGACCAAAUUCACGAAUUCUUUCGGCAGUGUUUGGCAUCAUUAACUCUGUCUCGUCAACAACAAAUCCAGGAGUAGACCGAAAACUUCAAAACAUUUGCUUAGGCUACUUCAUGGACACCUUCAUGCCCGAGCUUAUUUCCAAGUUGAACAGCAGCAUUGUAACAAAAUUUGAGAACAACUUAGAACAUCACCGGUAUUAUGAAGUGCUCAGCGACCUUAUGCAUCUAUCAUGCGGCAACCUGUCUCUGUAUGAAAUCCGAAUUCUAAUGAACGAUACAUUCACACUAGAAGCUAAGCAAUUGAAACAUUUCCUGGAUAUCGUUCUCAACCUCAACCUGAGCCAACAACAGUUUAUUUUCAAAAAGAGCUCGGUGAAAUAUUUAUUGAAGGAAGUCUUAAAUUCAGACACUUGUAUGGAACUACUUCAAACAAAGCUUUGCUCCAAGAGUGUGCCUGAUUUCUUGCCUGACUUCUUAAAGGAGAAAUUAACCCCGAUCCAAAUUGGUGGAGAUGAAGACCUUGUGCAAAUCCCUGACAAAGUGGUAACGGUUAAGGAACUGUUUGAACUCUCCCAACAGCUUUUGCACCAAGAAAGUAUUCCGAGCGACUAUGUCCGACUCGUAUUGAAUUCUUUGGGAGAAAACAAAGAAUUUCAAGCUGCUCUUAUGAUUUCCUCCGAUGAGUAUGGCUACAGUGAAGAGCAAAAAGUUUUCAAUCGUCCGUUUACUAAAGACACGCUUAAAUUUGCUCUUGCAUCAAUGCGAGAGUACCUGGAGGAUAAAACCAAAACUGCAGAGAACAUUCAACCUCUUGAAAAUCAUAGAAUCAUUCUUGUAAAUCCAACAGCCAACCACUCCUUUAAUUAUGUAAUUGAACAAAAUCCCCAGCGUUCUUCUCUUCCUCUUCCUGAUGCACCAAAUGUUCCACCAGCCACUAAUGGUUCUCAUUUUCUUCUUGGAUCCCAUCCCCCAAUUGACCAUAAGAGAUUUUUAAAAGUACAGAAGCUUUUACAACAACCACGGUUCAGCAGGAAUGACAAAUGUGAAGCAAUUACUUGUCAGAUUUUGCCCUACAUUUUACAAAAACUGAAGAUGUGGGGAGUUUUUGUUUUGGAGGAUGGAUUGCUAGAUCAAAUGCUUCCAAAUUGUCAGAAGAUUCUUCCCACUUAUAGUGGAGGUAAGAAAUUCCUCAAAGCUGGAGACGUUAGUAAAUUGAAUGAGCCGGGUCCACCAGCAAUACAACAGCAAAAGUCAGAUUGGGAUUCGACGACAAUUUCAAAACUUGACAUAUUCUCCAGCCUUGUGCAUCUUUGUGACCCUCUCGUACUUCAGGAUAUCGUAAGGACGCUAACCUUUUUCCCAGUAGCACUGCCAUUUAUAAUGCCCCAACUGAAUUUUUCCCUGGACGAGGAGCCAAGCAACAGAGGAUUCACCUCGCUGAAAUUCAUUUUGCAAGAAGGCUCCAUAAAAUGGGAAACCAAGUCUGGCUCAAUGGUACAGAACAAACUUUUUGUGGAUCCUUAUAAAAUGAUUGUCGCUAUCCGAAUCGGUACAAGUUCUGGAAGAGAAAGCGGAAAAAGCACAAUUCUUAAUCAACUUUUUAAUCAACGGGACAUAUUUGCCUCAAAAAGCAAUGCUGGAUCUGCACAUGGGCCACCCAAAUGUUUGGCAGGUUCAGCCGAACUUAUCGCUUUAACAAAGGAAACAUGCUCUCCUCGGCUUUUCAAAUGGAAGAAUGGGAUUGAUGUAGAAAAACCACAGCACUCAAUCGCCUCCCACUAUUCCUCUUCCGAACUCGCUGAAGCCAUACUCCUGGUAAAUUUACACGGAAAUGCGGCUAAGCUACCUGAUCACGUCAACUACUUUAAGCAAUACGCGUCCGCAUUCCUUGUAUUUUUUACUGAUGCUGCUUUUCCAAAAACCCAAGAUGAGUUUGACCAAAUCUCUGAAAUGUGGGACGGAAUACAAUUUUACACCGUGAUUAUCGACCCGUCAGACGAGAACAUUGAGUCAUCAGACGGAAUUGUAUAUACGAGUGAUCUUGUCAACGAUAGCAGUCUGGACGGGGUUAGAAAUUGUUUGAUGGAAUGCAUAAAUUUAAAGCGGAUGGAACAAAGGAACAUCAAUAAACGGCAGAAAAGCCUUGGGAAAAUUGAACCUAUCGCACAUAUUUCUACAGAAUUGUCCAACCGACUUAUUAAUAUUUUGGAAACCACCUCCUGUGGCGUUGUACGGGGACUACUGAAAUUACAAACAAGGGGCAGGAAUGCUUAUGGAAAGCAUAAGGACGUUGGGUCCCUUCUGGAAAGUUGUGGAAAUGGGUCAAGAAAAUUAAUACAAAUAGUCAACAUUCUGGUCGGUAUCCUCACUUUGUCUCUUUGUCAAAGAAAGCUCGCUUUCGCACAUCUUGAUAGAGGAACGUCCACUUUAUCCGCUAAUCAGACAAAAAAACAGAAGUCGCAUCUUUUCAAACUUUUGCAACAACGAUGUAGUACCGUGAGUCUGAAUGUGACCCAAACCUUACUUCAAGAAAAUUCAAUUCUUGAGCAGAAAAUCCGUCAGGUUUAUCAAGAAAUUGAGAAUAACAGUUUGGGCCUAGAACAUUUUUAUAGAGAAUUGGGAAAACUUUACGAGUUGGCUCAGAGUCAUCCAAAAGAAUUAAACAAUUCGAGGCUAAUUUCUUUGCCACGAUUUUACGGUGAGUUGGUGGUUGAAGGGCACGCAAUCGAAUUAUUAGAUGGGGACAAUGGCCACUUUCAUGGAGUGUGGUUUGACCAGAUUUGCCACUCUAUUUGUAAAAUCAACCCCAAAAUCAGGAUUUUCGUAAUUAGCAUAAUUGGACUACAAUCCUCAGGCAAGUCUACAUUGUUGAAUGCUUUAUUUGCUUGCAAGUUUGCCGUCUCCGUUGGCCGAUGUACGAGAGGACUCUUUAUGCGCCUAUUGUUUUUGGAAGAUGACUUGAAAGAGGAAUAUGGAGUGGAUGCCAUUUUACUGGUUGACACUGAAGGACUAGGGGCCCCAGAAAAGAUGAACGAUCCAGACUGUGAAAGGAAGGAUAGACAACUUGCCACCUUUGCGAUGAGUAUCAGCGACCUAACAUUGGUCAACGUUAUUGGAGAAUCCGUACGGGACCUCACUGAAAUUCUGCAAAUAGUUAUUGUCACAAUGGCUCGACUGGAUGAGGCCGAAAUGACUCCAGACAUUUUAAUGGUGCAACAUUUAACGGAGAGAGAUGCAACAAAAACCCUGCGUGGUUCUGAGGAGUUUUGCAAUGCCAUAAAGGAAGCUAUUGAUUUAACGGAAAAGAAAGACAUGGAUAUUGGGAUAAGGAACAGCAAGUCACUCACCAAACUGCUUCACCGUGUACAAAAUGGGUCACAUCUCAAACAGUUUCGUCCUUUCAAAAAUGGAUCGACUGUAAAUGCUCCACCGUCAACCGAGUAUCACGAGGACGUUGUGGAAUUGUAUUCAAUCAUUUUGGAAUCCGUGAAAGCAAAAGCUACUCAAGAUCGGCAUCGAGAGUUUUGCAAGUGGCACAAUUUAAUUGGAAGUUACUGGGAAGCUGUGGAAGAACAAGAUUUCACACUACGAUUCAAGAAUAUCGCAGCAAUAAAUGAAUUUAUUGAUCGAGGCGUGAAAAUAGCAAAAGUGAAGCAGGCAGCGGAGAAAACAUUUUACUGUCACGCCGAGAAACACAAGGUCAUGUUUUCUGCCAAAAUUAAAGAGUUGGAAGACACUUCAAGAAUGGAGUUAUGGGGAGUUGAAAAAGAAAAUCUAAUGAACAUUGUAAAAAUUGACCUCCGGUCAAUCCCAAGUUCGUGUGGGUCCAUCAAUUCCAGUCAACCGUGUGACCAUUGUUCAACACUUUUGACUCUAAGAAACGAACUCUACAAAGAGGUUGAAAACCAACCGUGUGCACCUGACACGAAAGCCACAAUAUUAAAGUUUAUCAUCAAGACACGGGAAGGAAUAAUUCAGCAGCUGGAUCAGGAAGCGAAUGCUAGAAAAAUAAGAUCUGGGAAAUUUUCCGAGUUAGAUCAAAUAAUACAAAGAUGCCUCUCCGGAAGUGGAGAUGGUGGUUAUAGCAAACAGAAAGUUGAAAUUGUGCUCCAAGCUGUUAAACAAGAAGCUUCAUCUAUGCUAAAAGUAGUGCCAGUAAAGACAAGAAUUAUCGAUGAAAUAAGAUCGUAUUAUGAAAAUGACACUGCUGUUCUGCAAGGCUUGAAGGGUGGUCACAUACGCUUUAAAGAAUUUCGCGAAAUUGAAGCAAUUGAUCCCAAAUGGUAUCAAAAACUUAAAAACGCUGUACUUGGGUGCGAUGGUAUUCUAAGUCUUCAUCUAAUUGAUGAACUGGAAGCAACUUUGGGAAAUUUGCCUGUGCAGAUACUCAAAGAAAGAAAAGAAGAAAUUUUUCAAAAUGGAAUGACUUGGAGUUUACGAUUAAAAGUAAACGAAAUUUUAAAUGCAUUCGAAGAACACAGGUUGGAGAAAAAGAAGCUAAACUCGAAUUUCAAAUGGGAGGCACAUUUAUUUGCCCUUAACAAAUAUUUAUUUGAGAUGGAGAAACGGGAGAAACUCUGGAAGCGUGAUAAUGACCCAUUGCAUAUUUUGGAGAAUAAUAUAUCAACUUAUAGAGAGAUGAUAAAGGUCCGGUUGGAGAACGGAUAUGGAUCAGAAGCAGAAGGAAAGAUCUUGUGUAAACUUUUAUUCGAGGCUAUAAGGAAGCGUGCUCAACAAUUUGCAGACAAUCACCAAAUCGCAUUUGUCCAGAGUCAAUCCUGGCUUUCAAAUGGACAAAGAGUCCGGUUGAAGUAUUUUGCUGGAUUAGCACGAGAAGUAAAUGAGGAAAACAAGGAACGAGCAUUGCAACAUUUCAUGAAUCCUAAGGCAGCCAUUAGUCAUUGGUUUAAAACCAAACUUAAUUCUUUCACAAAGGAAAAAUCAAUUCAAGCAUUUAAGGACACAAUUACGACGGAACUAGCUACGGUUAGACAAAGUCUGGAGAACUCUGCGAAUUACUUGACUAUGAAAAGCUUUGCGGAUAGCUAUCUCAACGUUGCAAAUGAAAUGGUGUACAAACCAAAACAGACACCUGAGCAGGUAGACUUUGUCCAGCUAAAGACUUCGUUACUAAAAGCAUUUAUGGACCCUGACAAAAGGCAGGAUUUGGAGGCGGAUAUUGCUAUAGUGGACCUCUCAGAGGUUCAAAGUUUGCAAAAUUUGAUGGGUUGUACUUUUCAUUGUCCUUUGUGCUCCGGGGUUUGUUGGGGUGCCAGUGGUCAUGAAAACGAUAGCGGUGAUCAAGCCAAGCACCACACUUGCCAUCAACCCAUGGGAUUUGCGAGAUGUAGCAACAAAUUUACACGUGUACUUUUGCAUGGCUCCUGCGACAAGGAGAGGGCGAAAAAUAGUUGGGAGCAUAAUGAAGAAAGGAUCACGUGGGGAAAACUAAUCGACCUUCCAGAACAUAAAAACUGGAUUUAUGAGGGCCACUCGAAGAAAGAGUUUGAUGAUAUGAUGAAAUGGUUCUUUGUCAGUCUUCACGAAGAUAUUGCUGCCCGUUCUGAAGGAAAAUUUGAGCCAGCAAAUAUCCCUCAUGACUUUCUUCGCUACGACUUUAAUACUAUUUUGUCAACCAUUCAGGCAAAAAUUGGACUGGAGUAAGAGAAACGUAGAUUUGGAAGAGCCGGACAUGUUUUUGCUUUUAAAUUUGAUAAUUUCUGUCGACGCGAUCUUGCUGGUAUUUUACACAUUUUAUGUGGUAGUAAUUAAACUUAUAACAUUCAUGCUUUCAGCAUUAGUCGGUUAAUAAAUUGUUUGUGUUAAUUGUAAA